CUGUAUGUUAUUGCUGAUAUGCACGCAAUUGAGCUGGACCCUAGUGAUGCGACGCUGUACGCAAACAGGAGCCUUUGCUACCUGCAAAUGACUGAAGCAGAUAAGGCUUUGCGUGAUGCUAACACCUGCAUAAAACUGCGUCCUGAAUGGUUAAAAGGUUACUACAGGAAAGGAUCUGCUCUCAUGUCGCUCAAGGAGUACAAAGAAGCAUGUGAUGCGUUCGAAGCCGGACUGAAACUGGACCCUGGAAACACCGAGUUGGAGAAAGUAUUCCAGGAGGCAGUUGAGGCGAUGAAAAGGAUGACUUGGCCAGAAAAAGAGAAAAUGCUUCAAGCCAUCCAGCUAGAGAAAACAGACACUGAGAAUGUACUGUUUCCCACCACAAUAAACCACUGACAGCAUGAUAUUAAGUUUUUCAGAAGUGUUUGUUUAUUUGUUUGUUUUCUCCCAUGUUCAGAAUUGCAUGCAUGCUUUUAUUGCUAUAAAAUGUGCUUUAGAAAAUCAUGUGUUCAUAAUUGCAUGCAUAAUUUUGUAGGUGAACAUACAGAAAAUGCAAGAUAAAACAUUUGAUUGUAUACCACAACCUAACAUGAUCCUAAUAUAACAACUAUUACACUUUUAGAGAAGAUAAAGAUCCAGAAUUGUUCGUACCUAGAGGAACUCACCUUCUUGAUGCUGUUGUGAUUUUCCUCCAGGUCUGCUGUUGUGAUGGCCGAAGGACGAGCAAGGAGGGGGAGGAGGGAUGGCAGAGGAGGUUAACAUCUAUAGGUAGGCCAUGCGGAGAAUAACUGGGUAGCAGAUCAUGGCUGAUUAUAGUUGUACCAUUUAUACCAUUGUUUUCUACCAUAUAUACCAUUGUUGAUGGUGCAGAUAUAUUUCCUUUUUCCAUCAAAUGCACACCUGUUAAUAAAUUAGAAAAGAUGUAAAAAUCAGAACUUACUAAAGAAUUAAAUUAUUGUAUCUGUUAUUUAUCCCAGUAUCAGAUAAUAUAUUCCCAAUUCCAUUAUUUCAGCCCACUUAUUUUGUGAAUACAACAGAAAAGGAAAUAAAAGAAACUUCCUUUUCCUACUCCCCGUGGUCGUCUGUAUGUACAAGCAUUAUCUCUUUAUUAGGAAAAUCAUAUCUCUAGACAAAUGAAAUAUUUAAUUUACUAACUCAUAUUAAUGUAUACACCGAAGGAUUGCAACGGAGUACGUCUGCUAAAAAAUCAGAGAAGAUGUAAAAGAUCCAAACUUGCU